GAUCCUUGGCCUGGGGUGGGUGGCUGGGGGUGCUGGUGGGCAGGCAGUGGGGUGGGAGCUGUACACAGAGACAACCUGCAUGCCAGACAGAGCGAGGCAGUUGGGUGGGCGGGAGAGAGAACUUCUAGAGGGAACUCUGUCCAGGCUUAAAAAUAGGGGACCAACGUUUGCCACUGAGGAACCUUAAGACAACAUGAAGACCUCUCUGAUUUUGCCAGGAUUGCUGUUUCUCCUCCUCCUCCUUGUUCAGUCUCCCAUUGCACAAGGACAGGCUAUCAGUGCCCAAGCCCAGCAACACUGCGGAGAAGAUGCCUUCCCACUAGAUUGUGAUGACAUUUACGAACAAGGUUCCGUGGCAGAUGGGGUGUAUCUCAUUUACCCGGCAGGACCCAAUUCCCCUGUGCCUGUGUACUGUGACAUGACCACAGACGACGGAAAAUGGACGGUUUUCCAGAAACGCUUCAAUGGUACUGCUAGUUUCUUUCGGGGCUGGAAUGACUACAGAUUUGGCUUUGGCAAGGCAGAUGGCGAAUACUGGCUAGGACUGAAAAAUAUUCAUCACCUGACCCUUAAGCACAAGUAUGAGCUACGUGUGGAGCUGGAGGAUUUUGAGAACAACACAGCUUUUGCCAAAUAUACAGAGUUCUCACUCUCGCCCAAUGCCAUCAGCGCAGAGGAAGACGGGUAUACACUUCAUGUGUCUGGCUUCACUGAUGGGGGAGCAGGUGACUCACUCUCCUACCAUGAUGGCCAGAAGUUCUCCACUUUUGACCGUGAUCAGGACCUUUACGUGCAAAACUGUGCAGCACUCUCCUCAGGCGCUUGGUGGUUCAAGAGCUGUCAUUUCUCCAACCUCAAUGGCUUCUACCUUGGUGGGGCCCACCUCUCCUAUGCCAAUGGCAUUAAUUGGGCUGCUUGGAAGGGCUUCUACUACUCCCUCAAGGAAAGUGAGAUGAAAAUACGCCGUGUCUGAGACCCGAGAGAAUGAGUGGGCUAUUCCCAUCCUAGCACUUACCCACUGGAGAGAUGAUGUAGGCUUGUUGUCCAAUUCAUUUUUUAAAAUAAUAAUAAUAAUAAUUACAUUGUGGAGAUGGGAAUCCAGGAUUGGUCCAGUGGGGGACUGGCCCACACAAACAAACAUAAACCAGUUUCACUCUUGUUUUAUGCUGUCACAGCUACGACAUCUCUUAAAGACAUUUUAGCACUCUCACAAAAAUACACUUCUCAGAGUACUUUGGGCAAAGCGAAGACUGUUAACCCACUCCGAGGCUGGUUUAAGUGUAUAAGGAAGAUGGGUUGCAAUGGCCUUCAUUUUAUUUAGGACUGGGAUUGACUGUCACUGGUAGCAUUGGCUGGACUAGCAAGAGACUUAAUAAUUCAGACUGAGAAUUAAUGAUAAAAUGACUGUAUGGGAAGGAGAUGCCAACCAAAAUUUUUACCAGAAAAAUCACUAUUGCUUGGUACCCCUUGGAUUUUAUGUUUAAAUAAAGCCCUAUUAUCUGAAA